AAGGCUCUGAAUGUGCUUUGGCAGUUGGCCUGCGGAACAUCCCCGUCUCCCGUGCAGUUCCCGGGUGCAGAACUCUCCGGAAGCAGGGGCUUCUAAACGGCUCAACCCAGACCUCCCGCUCAGGCCGGGCUGCUCUGCCCCCAGCGGUCGGAGGCCAGGCAGCCGCGUCUGAAACUCACUGACUUGAUGGCUCCCGGUGGCAGCCGGGGGGCAUCAUGGAAAGGGGGGCAUGAGGAGUUGCCUUGGCCGGGAUUUCAGGGGGCUGGGAAGGCUCCCGCCUUUGCCAAGAAACUCUCCUCUCCUUCCAGGCGCUUCCUCCCCUCUCUCAAAUACACGCCGGCCCACCACGAAAGACCCUCCAAGAAACAGUUACCAGAAGCCAUGACAUGUCCCUGCAGCCGGAGGCCUUCCGGGGAGGGCCGAAGAGGCCUCCGGGGCCCAGCGUUACGUGCGGACGAAGGAAGAGAAAGAUUGGCACCAUCCAAUACCCCACAGGUGCAUAGCCCACUGACUCUGAAGGCAAACACCUUGCUUCACCCCUGCUACUGUCCCUGA